AUGCGUAUCCUAACAUGGAACGUCAAUGUGCUCCGCACCGUCCUCGAUUACCAUCCAUGGUCGAGUAUGAAGAACAAGAGCGUCGAGGGACUUUUGGAGGAGCUUGGUGCAGAUGUUUGUUGUUUUCAAGAGCAUAAAACGCGUCGACCCCAGGUGGACAAGGCCAUGGCAUGUCCCGGUCCUUACGACGCGUUCUGGACGUGGCCACGCAGCAAAACCGGUUACUCGGGUGUGUGUACCUAUGUUGACUCGCGCGUGUGCGUUCCUCUACGUGCUGAGGAAGGUAUCACUGGCCUCCUGCUUGAGGACAAGGGUGGAGCGAUGAAGCCUCCUUGGACCGAGGAAGAGAAGAUUGGUUGCUACCCCGACAUAUACACCAUGGACCUCAUGGACGAGGAAGACGGUACAGCGGUUGAUCCCCGCAGGCUGGACAUGGAGGGGCGCGCUGUGGUGUGCGACUUUGGCAUGUUCGUCCUCUUCAACCUCUACUGCCCAAACGAGACCAACGAGACGAGGCGCCCGUACAAGAUGAACUUUUUACACGUCCUGGAGGCCCGUGUCGCCAAGCUCAUGGCCGCCGGUCGUGAGGUUAUCGUUGCCGGCGACAUGAACGUCAUGAGCGCACCUAUCGACUCCCGAGAAGGCGGAAUACAGUCCACCGCAGAACAGCACUAUGCCCACCCUGCUCGCCGAUGGUUCCACGAGUGGCUGGCCCCCAAUGGUCCCAUGAUCGAUGUUGUGCGCGAGAGCUUCCCCGACCGAGAGGAUAUGUUCACGUGUUGGAAUACGAAGAUCGAUGCCAGACCCUCCAACUAUGGCUCGCGCAUCGACUAUAUUCUCUGCAGUCCUGGUCUCCGCCAGUGGAUUAAAGGUGGUGACAUCCAAGCCAACCUGUUCGGCUCGGACCACUGCCCUGUCUACAUUGACCUCCACGACAGCAUUGAAACAGAGAAGGGUACUGUUUUCAUCCGUGACCUGCUCAACCCCGCCGUCCGUCCACCCAGUACCGCGCCAGUGUACCCAACAGACGUCCCGCGCACUGCUCCUGAACCACCCCGCUUUGCCACCAAGUUCCUGGAAGAGUUUAGCGCCAAGCAGAGAACCCUCAAGAGCCUCUGGGCCAAGGCUCCAGCUUCGUCUGCGCCAAGUCCUUCGCCCGCGCCGUCUGAAGACAAGGACAAGGACGAGUCGCAGUCAACGCAGGGUGUGUCACAGGCCACCUCGGGACCUAGCACAACGAGUGGCUCUGACCGGCCACUUGGUAUUGCUCGCGCAGCGUUCAAUUCGUUGGAUGCACCUUCGCUGCCAUCUCGCUCCGCGACCACUGUCGAGACACCCGCUUCGGCUCCGUCCACUGUAAUCUCGCCAGCCACUUCUGCUGCUGCUGCUGCUGGACCAUCCAAGCGUCCUAUAACUGUCGAUUUGACUGGCGACGAUGAUGACGAGCCCAGAUCGAAGAAGAAGACCGUUGAGCGGACCAGGUCGGCCCCCGCCGCGGACAAGGGGGGCAAGAGCAAAUCCUCCAAGGCCGACACCAAGAAGACUGGUGGCCAGGCGAAACUUGCGGCUUUCUGGUCCACUCCAGCCAAAGUCGUCAAGGGCCCAUCACUUCCCAAGAGGAAGACGCCAUCACCCGAACCCAUGCCCGAUCCCGGCCCAUCUCAGUUCGCUGAUGUGGACAACCCUCAACCGGACGUCCACCAGGACGCGUUAUUAGCUCAAGCCCUGGCCGACGAGGAAUCUGAACGUGCCCGCUCACGCAAGGCGAAGAAUGAUGAGGCGGCACCCGUGUGGUCGACUCUGUUCGCCAAGAAGCUCCCGCCACUUUGUGCUGUGCACCAGCAGCCCUGCAAGGAUUUCAGUAAGGGCUCAGUAUCUUCAAACGCUAACAGCCUUCAGUUGUCAAGAUUCCCGGACCCAACAAGGGGAAGCGGUUCUGGCUCUGCUCACUUUGGACCAGGCUAUGACACGGGCCGCUCGUCGCGACCUCGGCAGGAAGUCAACCACGACUACCGCUGUGACUUUUUCUUGUGGGACUCUGCCAACUCGCGCAAGGAGCCGCCCAAGGUUGUGAAGAGCAGCUAG